AUGAAUUUCGCUACCAGUCUUUCAGGAGUUUCACAUUGCAGUUCAACUUCUACUGGUAUAACUGAAGAGAUCGUUGUGGAGGAGACGCGGGAGUACCUGCGACCUCUUCGCAUUUUUUUACGUGAACUGGCCCGCUGGUUCCGGCUCUACAGUACAACUACCAACGCAAUCCCGAUUUCUUCUCCCUCCUUAGCAUCCUCUUCAAAUGCCACAGUUACCUCUGGAAUUUCCAGUGGUAUCGGAACCGUUAGUAAUCGAGAUUCCAAUGUACAAGAUCCCCCUAGCUUAAUUGGAGGCAGCAGCAGUAACAUUUGCAAUACUGUUGUUGCUGCAGCGACGAGCAUCCAUCAACAACACCAUCAGCAUUACUAUUUACCCUAUAUUGACCUAGCUGGACUUCUUUUGUACGAGAAAUCCGUAUCAGGACUUAGUCCAACAGCAGCGGCUAAAAGUUUGAUUAAUAAGCUCUCUGGUGAGCUAUCCAGCCAAACUACUUCUGGAAAAAUCUCAGCUGCGUCGCCUGGAGUCACACCCAGACAUUUACCUACACGGGAAUUGCUCAUGGAGGUGCUGUAUCGCUACCUUAUUGGUCUUGUUCAAACUAUCUGUCACUUACAGAUCCUUUCCGCUUCCAGAGUGGUAAAUGAAACGUCGCAUCCAAGUGGCAGAAAACGAAGUGAGCAUUAUCAUUUCAUUUUUUAUGCUUCGUUCUCAAAACUAUUGUCUCUAUUUCAAUUAUUAGUCCUUUCAAUUAUUUUAUCUGCAAACUCAUUAAUUUCAUACUUUUUAGAACUGGUUUGA